CUUCAUAUAGUAACAAUGAGAGCUUUGCUUCCUCUACGAUCUUUUUCCAUGAUUUCAAACCUUGAAGCUGCUGCAGUUUCUUAUAUAGCUGCAGUACAUAUAUCCUGUGUCUUCAGAUGACUAGCUUGUUCUGUGGCACACUAAAUUGUAUUCAAUACAAAAAAUUAGGGUUUAAGAUUUAAUCUUUUUGCCCUCAAACUAUGGGUUCACUCAAGCACCGAAAAGGGAAGUUCCACACAAUCCUGAAACAUCACCAUCUCCGGACAAUCGCAACAUUGUUCCAUUACGCAGAGUUUUGUGUCGUUUUGGUCUUGAUUUUCCGGUUAUCGAUCAAACUCCCAAUGGCUCUCAAAACCUCGAGCGAGUAUUUAGGUGGCUUCGUAGUUAACCCUCGCUUUGUUUUCUUGCUCGGAAACUUCAUAAUCGUCGCACUAUUCGUCCAAUCUGGUCAUUUCUCAAGUAACGGUUCCUCUACACAAAGUUCAGAAACUGUUCUUUAUGAGGAGUUCAUCCAAAAAUGUAGUAGUUAUAAAAACAAAGAAAUUCAAGAAAGAACAGAGAGCAUCAAACAUAAUCAGAAUGUUGAUGCAAACCGGGUUAGCUUAAGGUGUAACGAAAUCCAUGGUGAGAAGAUAACGAAAACGGUUAUUUGUUUGGAGGAAAAGAAGGAGUACAGAAGGUGUCGAUCAGAUAUUUUGAGGCACGUGGAGAGAGAGGAACCGCGUCACGUGCUGUAUAGGUGUGAGUCGGUGAAGAACAGAGGAAACGUUGGAAUUUCCGGUUCGUAUCCUGAGGAUGGAAUGAGUAACGACGAGUUUCGACGCACUAUAGAGGCUUUCAUUGCUCGCCAACAGAGACUCAGAAGGCAAGAACAAUGCUUCAUAGCUUAGAAUUCAGAAAAGUCUUAGUUCUAUGUUUUGAAGCUUGCAAAUUGAAGUGGAGACUAUACCUGUAAUUGCUUCUGGUUUUACCCUUUUUUUUUUAUGAAAAAUGUAAAUGAAGGUUAAAAAUGUGAGUAUAGACUUUAUAGUUUUGAUUUGAAAA